GGCCUGUUGCGCGAGACCGAGUUAGAAUAGGCACGAUCUUCUUGCAACAUAUAUCCUUAAUUUCCAACUCGCUUGAGCAAGGGGCCAGAGCAGCUCUCCUGAGCGAUGGUGUUCUUACAGUACGGAGUAUAAGAAGGGAGUUGGUCGAAGCCAAAGAACCGGAAGAUAUCGCAAGAUCAUCACCAGCAUCCAAUACUCUAAUCUCUCAAAUACACAUUCACUCUUUCUGCAAACAUGAAGUUGUCACUCCUUGCCGUCAUCGUGGCCUCCGCCUCUGCCGCUCAAGGCGCCAUCACCUGGACGCUCGAGAAGGCCGCCAACCCCACGUCCGACCAAAGCGACGCAUACACCAAAAUCGAAGCCGCCAUGAAGCUGGCCGUCGCAAGACACGCAAAGUUGGGAAGUGCCAGCAAGACUAUCCGCGUCUACUACACGCCCGGCGUUCCUACUGCCGAGGCCAACUACAACGGCGAUCUCCGUUUCGGAUCGAACCGAUCUUACAUGAACGAACGUACGGCGCUCCACGAGAUCUCACACACACUCGGCGUUGGUCAGACUGCCGCCUUCGACUCCAAAUGCUCAUCCGGCGACUGGGCUACGGCAUUGCCCCUGCUCCGUUCAUGGGACGGCUCUAGUGCCAAGAUCAGCUGUGGCGGCUCGCAUUUCUGGCCGUACGGUCUUAACUACGAUACCGAGUGGAGCGAGACAAACGGUGAUCGUCACGUCAAGAUCAUCAAUGCCAUGCUUGCUGAUGGUAUGUGAGGAGAGAAGGAUUCUACAUUUUCAAAUUCGUGUACAAAUUUUGUGAAAUGAGAUUGAAGCCUACGUUUCAUUCGACUGUACAUACAUGGCAAGACCACGAGAAGCAAAUUGUGCUGGUCUUCUCUUAAAUAUAACAUCCACUUCACACCUAAGUUGGGUGACAGUCUAUC